CCUGCUAGAAUUUUCUCCACAGUUCCAGACAGUUCCUCACCUCCACAUUAAAUGGCCGUGUGUCGGAUCCGUCGUCUCGCCCUGGUCUUUGUAUUCAUGAUCUGUGACGUCUGCUGUCGCGGUCAGGUGUUCAGCCCUCACCUUGGACAGAAUAUCACUCUGACAUGUCAAGUUUCCAACAGUGCCACCAUCGUAGCUGUAUGGUGGGCCAGACGAGACCUGAAGUCAGAAUAUGUCUUCUAUUACCGGGAUGGGCAGUCUGAUACCGACAUCCAGCAUCCAUCCUUCCAAUGCAGGGUGGUGUUGGCGGAGGAUGAGCUGAAGGAUGGCAACCUGUCCGUGGUCCUGAUGAAUGUGAACAGCAGCGACUAUGGAGAAUACACCUGUGGCUUUAAGGAGCGCAAAGAGGGAACAGUUGUUAAGAAUGAGUUCACCUGCAACAUCACACUGAUAAAACCAGACUCUUCUGUGGUACAAGUGCACCCUGGAGAUAACGUCACUCUGAGAUGUGAGGCUGGUGAUGUCUCCAUCUUAGCUGUAGAGUGGACCAGACCUGACCUGGAGCCACAGUACGUCCUUUUAAACAGAGACGGACACUUCGACACAACCUUCCAGCAUCCAUCCUUUACAGGCAGGGUGGAGGUGGAGGACAGAAAGCUGAAGGACGGAGACGUGUCUUUAACUUUGAAGAAUGUGACCAGCAGAGACUCUGGAACAUACGAGUGUCGAGUUAAAUCAGGUGGAUCAAGACUUAAAAAGAGAGCCAUCCUCAAGACUGAUCCAAUUACAGUCAUCCGCCUGGAGGUUACAGGUUCAAAGAAUGUGAACUUCAUGGAUGGAAACUUCCCUCGUGGACACGUUGGACUGGCAGCAGCAGGAGUUGUUGCAGUGCUUCUUUUAGCUGCUGGAGUGUCUGUUGCUGUCUGGAAACAUAAAAGAUGUAAGGACCAAAGAUCAGCACAGUCUGCUGCUGAUGAAGCAGGAAACAAACAGCUCAUGAGUACCUCUGCUGUCUGAGACUCUUCACCAUGAUGGUCUGUUUCAACAAUAUUCUCCACAGGAUGCGUCAUUGUCACACCUUCAGUCUUAAAACUUGAUUGGGCAGAAAAACAGAAACCUCUACUCUCCAUCUAGUUCUUGCCCCGAAUCUUUGAAGAGGUAGGACAUCACACAGGAGGCCCUGCCACACCCUUCCCUCUUCUCUCACCUUUGAAUGCCCACAGCAGGAGCUGCAGUCUUGCCCUGAAUGUGGCCUGCUUCCAGCAGACUAGCAAGAAUGC